AUGGACGAUCUGGCGGCGCUGGCGCGCGCCGAGGGGUGGACGGAGGAGCGGCACGCGGCGUUCCUCGACCGCAUGGAGCUCUCCUUCGUCCAGCAGGUGCUCGGCGGCAGCGACGUGCGCCAGGCGUCCCGUAGGCUCGGCCGCCGGCCGGCGCCGCAGACCGAAGGCGGGCGCGGCCAGCUGGUCCCGGCCCCGCUCCCGCUCGACCGGCCACUGCCCGACAGCGCCGUGGAGUCCAACCGGUCGGGGCUGGCCGCAGCGCGGCGACGCGAGGCAAACGACGCGCGCCGCCGGCCCGUCGAUCCAGCUGCAGGUCUAAUUAUGGAUCUGGAUUCACACUUCAAAUGA